AUGAAUGAGGAGAUGGGGCGCAAAAAGUCUGAAGAAACGGUCCAGAAGGCCGCCCAAGAAGUCGAAUUUACAAAAGAUGAAUUAAUUGUAUCGAAUGAGAGAAAAAACCUCUCUUUCCGGGAAUAUGGAAAUUUAACCAAGAAAGAGCCACCAAUUAUCAUUAACAAAGUUCUCAAAGGACCAGACGAAAAAUUGAUUGGAAACAGUUUAACGGAUAGUGUCGGUAGCUCUACCGGCAAAAAUACUAACAUUUCUGAUGAUGAUGAAACCUAUUCUGGAAAUCAAGAUGCAUUGAAGGAAACUGUGUCCAAAAUAAACCACGACGAAGAAGGAUCAAAAACAGCCUCUGAAAGCUUCAGAGUUCGACAUGUUGCCCAAAUUGUUGCAAAAAUUGAUGCUUCGCAACCUGUCGAGAAAGUUAAAAGCACGGUCACACAUAUAAAAAACGAUAACAGUGGCAUGGCAAGCAUUCCCCUUCCUCAAUAUUCAAGUACUUCACCGGUUGCCAAGAGCAGUUCAGAAAGGUGUUUCUCUACAAGUGCAACCAAUAACUCAUGUAAAGCAUCUUUAGCAUUUGAUAACGCUACAUUUACAAGGUCCAUUGCAAGCAAUUCCGACUAUGGCAGCAUACACGUCAUGCCUUUACCGGAUUCAAGUCCUUCUGGCAAUGCUGCUUUUAACCUUUCCUCAUGCAAUGCUUCUUCUGACACUGAUGAUUCUAAUGAAUCACACAGUUGUGAUGAAUGCGACGCUUAUAGCUCAGAUAAUUCGGACGCUUCAGAAGCUGCUGAAGGCGGGAGUAAAUUUAAUUACGCCAAUCGUACUAGUCCAGUUGUAUUUCAGGAGCCCCAUGUCGGUCAACCUCGUACUAAGAGCACCGAAAGUGUAUUUAGCAAAAUUGCUGAUCACUCGUCUAUCGCAGACGAUCAAGAGGCAAUUGCCGCUUCGCAUGGGUUCUACAAAUGGAACAGCAAAUACAAGAUUUUCAAUACAGAAAACCAAGCAUGUUCGAAGCCUUCAAACACUCACUGGACAAAUGAACAAUUUAAGAGAAACUUAAGAGAACUAUCGGUUCCAAAGGUCCAUUUUUAUGAUGAAAAUGGGAUCCCAACUGGAUCGAAGGAGGCCUCCGCUGCUUCCUCUGAUGACAUCGCAAACGAUUCUUCCGGUGACUCUUCUUCAGAUAGCGAAUCUACCACCUUUUCAAUCGAGAGCUCCAAUGAUAGGAUUGAUUGUGAAUCGCCGCUUUACAAUCAUCUAGGUCAACCUAGUGAGCAAACAAAGCCUCCCAAACCUGGAGAAUCAUUUAAUCCAUACAGUGAUUUGAAUUUAAGUCAGCAUCCUGUCAAUAUAUGUUUAAAUGUCACUCCUACAGAGCCUUUGGAUUGGGGGUCUGUUACACCUCGGGUUCUACCCCAUGACGUUUGUCAGGAUCGUUCCAUUGAACAGAGGCCAGACAUACAAUCCCCCUCAAAGAACUCUACUAGCGAAGCUCCCUUAUCGCCUUACGAAUAUAUGCCCGGUAACAUUUCAGUCGGAAACGAUUGGAGUGCUUUUGAUUCUUGCUUUCAAGCACCCAAGGAUAUUCAUCAAUGUAUGGUCGCCAAGGAGGAGAAAAACACUAAGGCCGAUUUGAAAUCUAAUGAAAUUGAAGAGGAGACCCCUUGUGACAAUUUCGCUCCUUUAGAAAAUGAUAGCGACUCCUACAGUGAUGGUGGAUCUGAAAUUAGCGAAUCUGAUGUUUACUACAAAUAUAGAGAUGAGACUUCCGAUCUUAUAAAAAAGACUCAAACCAAGGUCAGACAAAGAUUGACCAAGAAAGGCAUUAAAAAGCGGCAAAGAAUUUUUCCUGACAGGCAUGGAAUCAAAUACAAGCGCAUGAAGUUUCACAAGAGCUACAAGACUAGAACCUUCAAACCAAGCAAUGUUAAUCCACAUCUUGAGCAGUUUAUUCCUACCAUUGUUGAGCAACGAAAGCAAUCUACCUCAAAAAGAUUGAAGCUGCAUUCGGAUACUUUAGAGGAUCUGUACAAGCUUCCACCCAAAUCCGUCAAGAUAAAAUUUGGAGAUACAGAAGUCAUAAAAUAUGAUAAAGAAGGAAAGAUUAUUCCAUUAGUGAAUACUGUCACCCCAAAAAGGGUUAAUGCUAAUACAAUCAAGUCAAUUCUGAAAACCACUAAAAAAGAGUCACCGACAGAAUGGGAGACAUUGAUAGGUGAUGACGUGAUCAAACAUAAUCUUGCAAGAAUUUUCAAUAUCUGCAACAUUCCGUUGGAGACAAUCAAUAAUAACAUGGAAAUUAUCUUAGAAAAGAUCGCUGCUGCUAUGAUAGUCGAGUCCGGUAAUAAAGAAUACUGUAGUAAUUAUCAAUCACUAUAUGACGAAAUAAAAUUUGAGGAAUAUAACAAAACUAUGAAGAAGAAAAUUAAAGAUUUGAAAAAACUCUUAGAUGCAGCUUUAAGACAAAACAAACAAUCCGCUAUACAUUUUCGUGAACAAUUGGAUGUUAAUGGAGAUAAAUUUGCCCGCCAGCGCGAAGGACUGGAAGCAGCUAUUAUAAAGCAACGAAAGGAGUACGAAGAUCUUAUUUCAAAGGAGCGAGAUGAGGUUGACAAAAGGGCCCUUGAAGAUUUUGAAGAGUUUGAAGAAAUUUUACGAAAAGAAGGAGAAAUUUAUCAAAACCGUUUAAUCGAGGAGCGUAAAGAUUUUGAAAAUAAAUUGAAUAAAGAGCGUGAAGGUUUUGAGAGAUCUCUUGAAAGAGAACGUGCUGAACAUGCUGCUAUGUUGAAGAAAGAACGCCAAGCGCAUUCACAAGCAUUAGAGCUCAUGCGUAAAAAAUAUGAAGAAUCUUUGACUCAAGAAGAAGAAAAAAUUGCAAGAGUGGAAAAAGAUCAAAGUACUUUAUUCAAUAGCGCUGUAGAAAAAUAUCAAGUCAGAGAGAGAAUUACUGCGCAGGAAGUAAAAUACAUGAAAGCAGAAUUUGAAAGGAAACACAUUGAAAACGUUACUGCGCAGAAAGAAAUUGAUUCUCUAUUAGAAGAAAACGCAAAAUUAAGAGAACUUAUGAGGCUGCAUCAUGACGAAAGUAUGAAAUUGAAACCUGAGAUUGUUUCUUUGAAAGGCAAGUUAUCUAAACAAGAUCAAUGGAAGGAUCGGUAUAAAGAUAGGUACAUCGCCAUUUGCACUAACUUAUCUUGCAAGAAGAAGGAAUUAAAAAUGUUGAAAAACAAAAACAAUUCACUUUUAAAAGACAAUAAAGGUCUGAAGGACUUGGUAGGCAAAUUACAAGGUCAUAUUUCUGAAUCUAAAGAGACAAUUGAAGAUUGCAAAGACUUCAUAGAGGGAAUUCAGUCACACAUAAAACAUUGUAAGCAGGCCUUUACCAAAAUGGACAAAGAACACAAAGACUUGAACGAAAAUUUCUUGAAAAUAGCUAACGUUCAUUUCCCUUUGCAAAACACGUACACCGAACUAAUAUCCAACUACACUCUGCUACAAAAGGAGCACCAGACCGUUUGUAAAGAAAAUGAAAGGAAAGAUCGAGACAUUAAAAGGGCUAAUGAACAAUUAGUUAAAGCCAAUGAAAAGGUGAAAGAGGCAAGAAAAUGUACAAAGGGAAAGAUUCUCUACGUUCCUGAAAAUGAAGAUGACUAUAAUAGCGUUGUUCAAAUGCCCUUAGAAUUCCUUAAAGAAAAAGAGCCAACUCCUCUUCCUGCUCCUGUGCCCUUUAUCAAGCCUGACCUCACACUAGUCUCCCCUCCGAAGCUGAUCAUCGCUCCAAUCGAGAAUCCUGGCCUGAGUUUUGCCAAUCGUUCAGCACAUUUCCAGCCGAUAAGGGAAAUCAACAGCCUUUCGUCAAAGAGAGGUGCAAAAAGGAAAAUUUUGCGUUCACUUGCAAAUAAAAUGUCAUUAUCCCAUCACACCUACGAGAAAAGUAUUCAGCUGAUCGCCUAA